UCAUUACAGGCGGGGCAGUUUGCCUUAUCCUCUUUCUUUCUUCUCUUCGUGUUUCUCUCUGUCUGUCUGUCUGUCUCUCUCUUUCAAUAUGAAUCUCAUGGAUCUGUUAUUAGCUGAUGCUCUAGCUGCUGGCAUGGCCCGCCAGGCAGCAGAGGCUAACAGACCACCUCCUGAUAACUUCUUUAUAAUACCACCAGACGCACAGGCCUGGCGUAAACUCUACUCAACCUGUAAAGAGGAGAACAUGGUGAUAUGUGUUGAAGUGACUGAUGACUCUCAUCCUCCUUCAAGAAGAAUGCAGCCUCAUAUCGUUAACCUGGCCAGGGAAGUACCUCAGAUUCCUUUCUUUAGAGCUAAGAUCGGACUGGGCCGGACUUAUGAUGAGUUAAGACAGGAUCUAGGUGGUAUCAGGUUCACCCCUUCAGUGGUUAUACUAUUCUUUGAUGAUGAUGGGGUGAGGAUCAAGAAGGCAGAGGGGGAGGAGGAGAUUAAAAUGGCUUUAAGAAUAGGAGCAUUUGAGAAGAUCAUUCAAGACUUUAUUGACCAGAGAAUGAAGCUCAAACUGGCAGAGAAGUUUGCAGAGCAGCUAGCAGGAGCAAUGGCUAGUGAUAUAGCGAGGAAGAGAAGAGAAGCAGCUCUGGAGUAUGAGGAGAAGUUGAGAAAAGAGAAAGCAGAAAAGGAGAGAAAGGAGAAAGAGGCAAGGGAGAAGGAACUGGAGGAGGAGAGAAGGAAGCGAAUUGAAGCUGAGAAGAAAGCAGAAGAAGCUAAAGCGAGUGAGCAGAAGGCAAGGUUGAAAUCAUACGCUGUUGAUGAGCUGAUGAGGAUGGAUCUUAAUAACGCUAAGAUAAGGGAUAUCAAGGAUAAGAUGGACGACCUUGGGUUAAGCUAUGCUGGCUGUACUUCAAGAGAAGAUCUCAUCAAGAAACUAACAGCAAACGUGCCAUCACUCAAGACCAAAAUGGACCAAACUGAUGGAGGAGGAGGGAGGCCUUCCACCAGUUACGUCCCCUCCAGUUAUUCCUCCUCCCAAAGACACAGUUCUGGUAUACUCUACUCUAAUAAACCAACAGACACUGGUCCAUCAGAUAAUGGAGAGGUGAUCAAACUGAGGAGGAAGGUGGAGCAGCUUCAGGGGAACAUUGAAGAGAUUAAUGUCAUGAGAGAAUCACUGGAAGACGAACUGGCCAGGAAGAACAGGGAAAUAGCAGCACUGAAGUCUAGGGGCGGUGGUAUUGGGCGUGUUCCUUUAUUCGGAGGAGGAGGAGGAGGAGGUGACAGUUUUACUAAAGUUAAGGAACUUGAGAAUGAACUCCUAGAGACGAGAAUGCUGUACACCUGCACACUGGACGAUUUUGAAGUGUUAGGUGUUAUAUCAAGAGGUAAGUUAGCUGAAGGCAGGAGUAUGAUGGUGGUUCGAGCUCAGUGUAUCAAACCAGGUCUGCCUUAUCCUGACAGAGUCUAUGCACUCAAGAUGCUGUCUGGAGUACAUGAUACCACUACAAUGACAAAUGCAAGAGAUCAGCACAAGAAUGAGUAUGAGGUCCUCUCCUCCAUUCCUCCUCAUAAGAACAUUGUCAGGCUCUUUGCUUUCUUCUACGACAGACCAAAGGCUCAUCCAAAGUUGAGCCGAGAGAACUGUAGUGAAGGGAUCGCUCUUUGUAUAAUGAUGGAGCAACUCUCACAGAAUAUGGAGUACCAGCUCAAACCGUUGAGACAAACUGCUGGUCCUAAUUAUUCUAAAGUCCUGGGUUGGUUGAAGGACCUCUUGACUGGCCUACAGUAUCUCUUUACUCAUUAUGUCCUCCACAGGGAUCUUAAGCUAGAGAAUCUCAUGUUGUCUGGAGAUAUUCUUAAAAUUGUUGAUUUUGGCGAAGCCAUUAAACUUGAGCCAGACUACAAGAUACCUUUUGAUAGACCCUGCAGUAAAGGAGGCAAUGAGGCUCACCUGGCUCCAGAGAUACUGAACCAAAGAACAGGUCGUGGUAGAGUCCUAGACUAUACUAAACAGCCAGUAUGGGCCGCUGGAGUCCUCGCUUAUGAACUAGCAGGAUAUCAAAACCCGUUUAGCGGCAGUAAAGACCAGAGGGCCUAUGAUGAGAGGACCUUGCCGAGGCUAACUGAUACCUACAGCAAGACUGGGCGGGGCCAGAAGUUCCCUCCUGAGUUUCCAAAUAUAGUAACAUCAAUGCUGUCUUUUGAACCAGCUCGACGGCCCACACUGUCUGAAGCUCUCAAUAAAAUAACAAAAUUAGUAUAAGAAGAAUCAAUUGCUAUUAUUAUUGUUGUAAUGUUGUUAUUUUUCUGUCUCUUGUUUCUCCCUUUUUGUAUUAUUAGAGAGUGUGUUAAUUAAUUCAUUAAUUAAUUUUCUUGCUGUCUUCUUUAUUGUAGCUAGUUUCUUGGUUUACUUGUAUACCGUAAAUAUUUUAA